CGCAAGGGCGACAUCAUGACGGUGCUGGAGCGGGACACGCAGGGGCUGGAUGGCUGGUGGCUCUGCUCACUGCAUGGACGCCAAGGCAUCGUGCCCGGGAACCGCCUCAAGAUCCUGGUGGGCAUGUAUGACAAGAAGCCAGCGGGGGCUGGCUCUGGCCCGCCCACCACCCCGGCCCAGCCUGGCCUCCAUGCCCCCGUAGUGCCCCCGGCCUCCCAGUACACACCCAUGCUCCCCGCCACGUACCAGCCCCCGCCCGAUAGUGUCUACUUGGUGCCCACCCCGGGCAAGGCUCAGCACGGCCUCUACCAAGCCCCUGGGCCCAGCCCACAGUUCCAGUCACCCCCGGCCAAGCAGACGUCCACGUUCUCAAAGCAAACUCCCCAUCACCCAUUUCCCAGCUCGGCCCCAGACCUCUACCAGGUGCCCCCAGGGCCUGGCAGCCCUGCCCAGGACAUUUACCAGGUGCCCCCUUCAGCUGGAAUGGGGCAUGACAUCUACCAGGUUCCUCCAUCCAUGGACACGCGCAGCUGGGAGGGGACAAAGCCACCAGCGAAGGUGGUGGUGCCCACCCGUGUGGGGCAGGGCUAUGUGUAUGAGCCCUCCCAGCCAGAGCAGGACGAGUACGACAUCCCGCGCCACUUGCUGGCCCCAGGGCCCCAGGACAUCUAUGACGUGCCCCCUGUGCGAGGGCUGCUUCCCAGCCAGUAUGGCCAGGAGGUGUAUGACACGCCCCCCAUGGCCGUCAAGGGCCCCAAUGGCCGGGACCCAUCACUGGAUGUGUAUGACGUGCCCCCCAGCGUGGAGAAGGGCCUGCUACCACCCAGCCACCACUUGGUGUACGAUGUUCCUCCGUCGGUGAGCAAGGAUGUGCCUGAUGGUGCACUGCUGCGCGAGGAGACGUACGACGUGCCCCCUGCUUUCGCCAAGGCCAAACCCUUUGACCCAACCCGCCACCCACUGGUUCUUACUGCACCCCCUCCGGACCCGCCACCUGCCGAGGAUGUGUACGAUGUGCCCCCGCCUGCUCCUGACCUCUAUGACGUGCCUCCCGGCCUGCGGCGGCCUGGUCCUGGCAUUCUCUAUGAUGUGCCCCGUGAGAGGGUACUCCCACCCGAGGUGGCCGACGGCACUGUAGCUGACGACGGUGUGUAUGCAGUCCCUCCCCCAGCUGAGCGUGAGGCCCCGGCUGAUGCCAAGCGCCUGUCAGCCUCUAGCACGGGCAGUACGCGAAGCAGCCAGUCGGCGUCUUCCCUGGAGACGGCGGUGCCAGGCCGGGAGCCACUGGAGCUGGAGGUCGCCGUGGAGGCUCUGGCCCGACUGCAGCAGAGUGUGAGCACCACUGUGGCCCACCUCCUGGACCUGGUGGGCAGCACAGGUGGGGGUGGGGGCUGGCGUGGCACCUCCGAGCCUCAGGAACCCCCCGUGCAAGACCUGCGAGCUGCUGUGGCUGCCGUCCAAGGGGCUGUGCAUGAGCUGCUGGAGUUCGCCCAUAGUGCCGUCGGCAAUGCUGCCCACACUUCUGACCGUACCCUGCAUGCCAAGCUCAGUCGGCAACUGCAGAAGAUGGAGGAUGUGCACCAGACACUGGCGGCACACAGCCAGGCCCUCGACGGUGGCCGGGGAGGCUCGGGGGCCACUCCUGAGGACCUGGACCGCCUGGUGGCCUGCUCACGGGCCGUGCCCGAGGACGCCAAGCAGCUAGCCUCCUUCUUGCAUGGCAAUGCCUCGCUGCUCUUCAGAAGGACCAAGGCCCCUGCCCCGGGGCCUGAGGGGGGUGGCCCCUUGCAUCCCAACCCUGCUGACAAGGCCUGCAGCAUCCAGUCGCGGCCUCUGCCCUCACCCCCCAAGUUUACCUCCCAGGACUCGCCAGAUGGGCAGUAUGAGAACAGCGAGGGGGGCUGGAUGGAAGAUUAUGACUACGUCCACCUGCAGGGGAAGGAGGAGUUUGAGAAGACGCAGAAGGAGCUGCUGGAGAAGGACAGCAUCGUGCGGCAGGGGAAAGGCCAGCUGGAACUGCAGCAGCUGAAGCAGUUUGAGCGACUGGAGCAGGAGGUAUCACGGCCCAUUGACCACGACCUGGCCAACUGGACACCCACCCAGCCCCUGGUCCCGGGGCGGACGGGCGGCCUAGGGCCCUCAGACCGGCAGCUGCUGCUCUUCUACCUGGAGCAGUGCGAGGCGAACCUGACCACGCUGACCAAUGCAGUCGAUGCCUUCUUCACCGCCGUGGCCACCAACCAGCCACCCAGGAUCUUUGUGGCACACAGCAAGUUUGUCAUCCUCAGUGCCCACAAGCUGGUGUUCAUUGGGGACACGCUUUCUCGGCAGGCCAAGGCAGCCGAUGUGCGUAGCCAGGUGACCCACUACAGCAACCUGCUGUGCGACCUCCUGCGCGGCAUUGUGGCCACCACCAAGGCUGCUGCCCUGCAGUACCCGUCACCCGCUGCCGCCCAAGAUAUGGUGGACAGGGUCAAGGAGCUGGGCCACAGCACCCAACAGUUCCGCCGGGUUCUGGGCCAGUUGGCAGCUGCCUGAGAACAGAUGACGAGAGGGUGGCAGGGGAAGGGCAGCAGUGGUCCGAGCUACUCUAGUCAUCAUCCUGAGAGUUGCUAUGCUGCAGGCUGGGGACAGGCAGCCCCAGCUCUGCUUGGGCCCAGUGCCCCCGACUGCCCAGGGAUGUGUACAUAUUUAUGACAGGGUAAGGUGUAGGACAGUACCUACUCAGAGGAGCUGAGCCCAGGAGCAAGGCUGGUGGUUUACCCC